CCAUCGGGUCUAUCCAGUCGCUCCGGCUGGCCGUUUGCACGGAGCGUGGUGGGGGGGGUGAGACCGCGCCCUGAGUUCUGCCCCGCCUCCUCAUUGUCCUGCUCCCCUCGCGAUCAGCCCCCACCACCAUCACCACCAGCCUUGGCCCUCCCCUCUCCUUGGCUCGCUUUCUUGGGCAGACCGGAACCUGCCCUCUCCAGGGAUUCCCGCUGCCCCUUCCCAGCGGGCCCAGAGUAAUCCCGUGGCCUCAGGUUUAAGGCUCCAGUUGUGCCCGGCUGAGGAUUCUGGCACAGAAGGAUCUGGGAAGGAUCCCCCUUUAGGCUCCUUCUGGACUCGGAGAAGCAGCCUCCCAGCUCCCUCAGCUCCCCACGACCCUCCAAACUCAUUCUCCAAGAAGCAGCCCAAGGGAGCACUUCCCAAGGACCGCCAUGCUUCACAACUCCAGCCACAGCAAAGGUGUAGUCUAUGCAGAUACUGCCCUGAGGGGGCAGGACAGAAACAGGGAAGAGGUAUGGAUAGGAGUUGAGGGAGCCUUGUCCCCCAAUACUUCCUCCCUAUUCCCCCCUGAGCCUCCAGGGGCCUCAAGUAGCAUCAUCCCAGUCUACUGUGCCCUCCUGGCCACUGUAGUCCUCGGUCUGCUUGCCUACGUGGCUUUCAAAUGCUGGCGCUCACAUAGGCAAAGACAACAGUUGGCCAAAGCCCGGACUAUAGAGCUGGGGGACCAGAGGCAUGGUGACAACGGUGUCUUCAUGGACUCUCCUAGUAGUCCAGAGCCCUGUAUCUCCAGCCACGGACCUCAUCCUGAUCUUGCCUGCCAACUUUACCUUCAGCUUCCUCAGCAGCAGCAGGAAGAAAUAGAGCGGCUCCUGAUGUUGGGUGAACCUGACCAGGGCUGGCAGGGCCUGGCAAGCCGCCUGGGCUACCAGGCUGAGGCAGUGGAGACCAUGACCCAUGGUCAGGUGCCAGCCUCUACCCUGCUGAGGGACUGGGCCACCCAAGAAGGCAGCAGAGCUACCCUGAGGGUGCUACAAGACGCCCUGACUGCCAUGGGUCGUGACGAUGUGGUCCAGGUACUGGGCCCCACAGCUGAAGGUUGCUCUGUGGUGUGACACCCCAACAAUCUGAUUUGGUGCUUCCCACUGCUCCCACUGCCUUACACCUUCCCAUUCUUGGGCUUCCUGGCAUUGCUGGCUUGGCCCUGGUGGAACACGGAAUAUCCAUCUGUCACUUCCUCUCAUCCUUUCCUCCAGAAUACAGACCGGACUAUCGGGGUGGGAGAUGAUAAGUGGGGCGGAGCUGUGCCCCUCAGAUCCCCACUCUGCCUCCCUAAGCUGUUUUUUUAUUUUUCUACUUUGUAUUCCAAAUUAAAGAUGACUUUGGACUUCUG